GCCGCCAACCUCAAGACGGGCGUCGAGGGCAUCCCUCAUCCCUCAUCCCUCCCUUUGCAUCAGGCGUGCAUUUACUUCUUCUUACCUACUACGAGUACUGUACUUACUGCACCACUGCAAAGCUCCGCUCUGCUCUCCUCUCCUCUCUUCCUGAUUCUCUGCAAACCCACUCCUUGUACACAUCAGCUUGCCUCACCGUCACUGUCCUCCCCACUGCGACGCAGUAAUCAGCGACCCCUUGCAUUAAGAGCUUCAUAUUCUAUUCACCUCGGGAUUGACUGACUGCUUGACUACACGACUGCACCACCACAUACUUCACCCAGCCGACGUCCCAUUCUUACUCCAUUCCCAGCCUCGAUCUGACGACGAUACAACGCAUAUUUCACCUCGAAUUGCCACCGCACUGACCAUGCAGCGCAUACCGCACGACCUUCUUUAGAAAUCACAUCCCCAUAUUCCGGCCUGCUAAAGAAUUUCCCGCAAGGAAGGCCCUCGCCGGCGUGGAAUAUAUUUCGAAUACAUCCCUGCGCCCCUCUUCACAUACGGGUCCAUGGCCCUCCUCGACACGCACACCGGCUAGGACGACGACUGGGUCAUUGGGUAGUCCGGCAGUCAGGUUGAAGACAAGAAGAACGGCAACCAGGACGACGAAGACCAAGCUGCAGCGCGGCAGCGUCGUGCUACACACAACAACCCGAAUGGAAAGAUGGGCAUGUGGCCAUUCCGGAGGAGAAGCAAUCGCAGAAAGUCUGCAUCUGCGGCGGGUGGGGCAGCAAUUCCUCAGUCGUCCGAGAUGCAUGACGCUGGGGCUCUCCGAGACCCUGGGAAGCAUAAUGCCUCCGAAUUAACCUCUGCGGGUCCAGAAAGGAGAAGGAGCCGGAGAGACACAAAACGUAAGUCCUCGAGGGAGUCCAAGAAGUUACAGCGAGAUCCAGAAAGACGACGCACGUACAGCUUCUCGCCAGGUCGCAAAGACAGCAUCCGAGUGCCUCGAACUCUAGAUCGUCCUCCUGUCCCACCACUACCUGCCAAUAUCAAAGGGGAUGCACGGUCAAACGCAGAUAAACCAGAUCCAGUUGCAGCUGAGAAGAGGCCUCUUAGAGCCAGUACACAACCUCCAGAGGACACCCCGACCUGGCAAAGGAUGCCUACACUACACAAACGAAGCGCUCAGGAGCUGGCUCACAGAAAGUCGAGUAAGAAGCGGAAGGAAGAACAUCAAAGGGAAGCUGAGAUCAAGGCUAUGGUUGCUUUCAUGCCCAGUAGACCUGCAACAGAUUCAACUGCCUCUGGAAGACCAAUGAAGCGUGAGAGCAAGAAAAUGCGUGGGGGACUCAAUAGACAUAUGGAUAACCCGUCCUCUGAUAUAUCUUUACCUCUAGCUGAGUCAUUACGAUCCUCGGUUUCCGCCAACUCCGAUCACCAGCCCUCAUACAUCCUGAAUGCAUUUGAUAUGCUCGCUCCCCGACCUACAAUCAGAUAUGCUGAGAAUCCUCGAUAUGUCCCUGGUGCAAGUGGAUUUGGCUCUGACGGGUCAGAGUCAAGGAGAAGGAGGAUAUCAGAUCGGGUAUCCAUACCAAAGGAGACAUUGAAGGCCAACAAGAGAGUAGAUGACCUUGCAGACGAUUUGAGCGCUGGCGAGUUGCGCGAACUUAUGGAGAGAGAUCAGAAAAGGAGAGAUAGGAAGAAGAUUGCGGAAAGGAUCAAGAUGGAAAGGAGGUUAGCAAGGCGGCAAGAGAAGCAAACGGCAGACGAGGCUACGGCAGCUCGAGAAGGAACCCCCCCACCAGCCAAUAUGGAACGAGGUGUCUUUGGAAGGGAGGUGGUCGGAUUGGGAAUCGGUACCUCGGCGGUAGUCACGUCUAGCAAACGAAAAGGAUCUGUGGGAUCUGAUAAUGGAAGAGGGAAACGGCCUGCUGAAACAUUCAGACAAGAUUCUACUGCCAGCACACAAUCACCAGCAUUUCACCGAAGUGCCAGUCUUGGGACAGAGAACCACACGCCAACUUCGGAAAUACAAGACCCAGUCAUCGAAACGGCCGUUGUGGGAACGGUUGGACGGGCGAAUAUUUCACCCACCUCGUCACCACGAAUGCAAGGUCAUGCUCGCGGCGCAUCUAGUAUAUCCCAGAUGAUGGAUCUUUCUAAGGCAGACCCUCGCCCAUCGGAACCAAUACCAAUUCCUGCUCAAUCAGCAUCAAGGAGAGAUUCUCGGCAAACUCCCACACCACCAAAAGCACACCAGUCUUGGACUUCAUUUUUCAGGAUCCGCGGCGCAAAGAAGCAUCAACAAGAGUCUGCCCCAUCAUCUUUCUCUAAUACAUCACGAGAUUCGAUGCAUAGUGGUGGACAAGCUCAAACAUUUGGAUAUACACCAAUGCGAUCAACAUCUAAUAUUCCCAAAAGAACCAUGUCAAAAUUCCGAGAAGACCUUCCGGAAUUGCCAUUAUCACCACCAGAUUCUAGAGUACAAUCUCCCGAAGCUGAUAUGGUGCCUGUGCCAGACCGACGAAUCGAAGAUCCCCGAACACGAUACGACACGCCUACAAGUGGCUAUAGAUCGAUUGAUGCGAUGCGCUUACGGGAUGAGACGCCUACGAGUGGGCAUCGAACUGUUGAAGAUCCCUCUCCAGAACCUGCCAAUAUUUUGUCACAAUCCUUAGCAUCAAUUGAUUCCGAGGGAUCGUGGCUAUCUGGUAGAAAAGCAGGGUCGAAAAGAGGAUCUGUCCAGACACCACAACACAUCGCCGACAGCUCAAGUCCGUUUGGCAGGAAGGAAUUCUCCGAGUCAGCUGAGGAGCCUGGUAUUGCCGAAGAUGAAUACUUCAGUCGCUUAACCCCUGGUCCCGAAGAACAGCACAAAAUCCGAAGGCAAUCAGCAGGCAACCCAAUGCCUUCUAGCGACGACGAAGAGGGUGGCAGUAUUGCUAGCCCAGCUUCAGAAAAGUCAAAAUGGGGAGCUGUGGGCAGACAUCCCACAGUUGUACAUCGAGAACCAAGAGCCAAGUCAAGAGAAGGACUUCUCAACGACUUUGACGAGGAUACCGCAAGCGAGACUCCUGAUACCCCAGAUUCCCCCAAUCCCGACAAUGGUUUGCAAAGAGCAACCAGCGUUGAUCUGGCCAAGAAGCAUGCACGCCACAUGAGUGCUGGCAGUGCGCGGUUACUGGAUCUGAAGGCUCGACCCUCAGGAGACCACAAGAGGAACAGUUUAGCAGAGGAGGUAUAAUGGCUGACUUGACCAAAUUCUCGAGACUUAACAGGACAUGACAUGACAAAGAUAAGAACAAGCACGACACUCGCUUUUUAUUUCCUUACAAAACGUACACAUCGUCGACUAUCGACAUCAACACUCCUUUAAACAUUUCCUAGGACCGACAAUCAAUUUCAACAAACAUUCACUACAACCUUUCCUUGGACCGAAAUCUUUCGCUUAACUCUUUUCUUUUAUGAGAUCUUCGCUACACUUCGUCUUUGUCAGAUCAUGUCCUAGAAAGCUCCUCGAAAGCACGUUGAUACUCCAUCACCUCUCUGCUACUGACCCCUUGGCCUCUCCCUUGAGAACAAGACAAUAUAGCGCACAAUUGACCGACAAUUUCUAUUCUUAAUUAUGAUUCCCCACCCGCACAUAGACUUUUCAUUUCUGCUCUUUUUUUGCUGUAUUUCGAACGGACGGACGGUCGGUUUGGGGAACGGUUCGGGGGAUCAGGUGGGUGGCUCGGAUCGGGGUUAAUCAAAAGUCAUAUCUCAUACAAUCCUUACUCGGUCAUAAUCACGGCCGUGGUCAGCAGUACGAUUUUCCUUCACGUUAGGAUAAGGACUGGGAAUAGAUGGCUUGCUGGCUGGAUAUGGAUGUGGAUAUGAAUACGGGGCUGGGUAAGGAAGGAAGGCAGGCGAAUCUGUACCGUACCCUUACCGAUCGAUGGGUUUACCUGGACCGUAAUGAGGAGCGAGCGAGCGAGCGAGCAAGCUGCGUGCAUGGUUUAGUUGCUCUGUUGACUUUGUCUGUUUGUUUUUGUACUAAAGUACUUGGGCGCGCUUUAUUCCCAGCGACUGGACUGCUCGGCUGGCUGAAUAUUGGAUGCGAUGUGGAUGUGAUGUGGAUGAGAUGGAAGAUGGAGUAUUUAUUGAUAUGCAAGCAAGGAGCGAGAAUCAAGAUACCUACCUACCUACCUACCUACCUAUCUCUGUAGUUUAUCUGGAGCAGACAAAGAUGACAUGAGAUGUAAUUCACCAACCAACCAACCAACCAACCAACCUUGAGAAUAUUUCCUCCCUAUUUUGUUUUAUUUUAUCUUUUUUUGCUUCUUCUCUUCUAUCCCCACCUCUUUCAUCCUUUCAUCCCUUCCCCCCUCAUUUCCCUUCCUAGAUACUAUCUAUCCCAAACUCAAAUAUCAUAAUAAAGUAUAUAUAUUUUCCUUUUCCUUUUCCUUUUCUUUUUCGUUUCUCUCGGGUUUCUUUGCUUUUUUUUAUUACUUUUCUCUCAGAUAGGUAAGUGGGGUGGGGUGGGUUAAACAUUGUUAUCUGAUCUGUUUCUGGUGUAAGUCAUCAAAAUCCUCCUAUCGAUAAGGUAAGGCGAGGCGAGGCGAGGUGAGGUGAGGUGAGGUGUGGCGCGGCGAUGCAUUGCAUGUCUUGGAUUUUUUGGGGGGUUGGUAAAUUAGGUAUGUAUGUGUGUGUGUAUGUAUGUAUGUUUGUAUGUAUUUAUGUUUCAGUUCCGACCUAGGGAGUAGGACUGGGUUGUUGGUUGGAGUUGUGGAUUUGGGGGUGGAUGGGGAUUUGAGUGCGGGAGAAGGUCGGAAUAAAGAUGGAGAAUGAAAGGAGGGGGGAGGCAAAGAAAAGAAAGGAAAAGGAAAGAAAAGGUAAACGGAAGGUAACAGUGGUAUUUCAACGAGUUUGAGGAAGAGCUAUAGCGAGGUUGUUUUGAUGGGGUUUGGUUAGUAUUUAUAUUCUGAGGUUGUUGAUGAAUUGAUGAAUUCGGCUUCUCUGACCUCAAUCCUUUUCCAACUAAUGUUCAGAUGUAAAAGAGAAGAUUAUUGAGAAGUAUGAGGCGGUGCUAUUGAUAGAUUUGUAGUACUUCUGAAAAUGUACCUGGUGAUAUGACGUGGAAGAGGCUGAGGGGUAUGUGUAGGUAAGCUAGGAAUUGUCAUCUCCUCGGUGUUUCGAGAGGAGGGUGCAGAGAUACACAAAAAUCCAGC